AUGGACUCGGAGCCGGUCCGGAAGCGGCUGAGGGUGUCGCACGCGUGCGACAACUGCCGCGGCCGCAAAAUCCGCUGCGAUGGAAACACGCCGUGCACCGCCUGCGCUGCCGCCGACUGCGACUGCACCUACGGCUCCGAGGCGAACUCGAGAGGUAAGAGUGACCUGAUCCUCGAGGGCGUGCUGCGCGUCGAGCGCUUCCUGCACGAUAUGAAGGCCACCAUGGCCUCGACCACGACCGUCAGCUCCGUCCGCAGCAGCAGCUUCUCGGGCUCGCCGCUGGCCGAGGUGCACCCGGUGCACACGUCGCCGUCCAUGCCGACGCCGAGCGAGCCGCACAACCCCAACAGCCUCGAGAACGCCGUGCUGGACUCGAUGCACACGUCCACCACCGAGUCCAUCCUGCAGUGGCCGCACCUGGACCUGUUCCCGUCGCUGCGCCGGGACUACGUGCCCAUCUUUCCGCUCGAGCAGCGCCGCCCGCCCCUGCGCGCCCGCGCCACGAGCAUGCUGCCCUGCGUCGCCCCGGACGACGUCGACGCCGUGCUGUCUGCCUUUCAGGCCGCCGUCAACUUCUGGUACCCGACCACGUCGGUGGAGCAGGUGGAAAGGUGCCGCCGGGUGCUCGUGUCAGCCGACGACUCGCCCGAGCCCGACGACAGCGUCGACGCCUGUCUGGCCUACGUUGUCAUGGCCCUGGGCUGCGCUAGCCAAGCCGUCGCCGGCCUGGGCGAGGCACUUUCCGACGACGAGAUGCGCUUCCGCCGCGCCCGGCGCAAGAUGGGCGACCUGUUUUUUGACAAUGUGCUGAAGCGCCUGCACGUGGUGCACGCUGUGGUUGGGUCCACGGCCACGCACUGCCUGUUUCUCGUGGGCCUCUACUUUGCCUUUCUCCGUAGGCCCCUACAGGCCUGGGAGUACAUCAACGCCGCGUCGACGCGCUGCCUGCUGCUGCUGUCGUAUCAGUCCGACAGCGGGGACGGCGCUGACCAGGAGCGGAUCCGGCGAAUCUUUUGGUCCUGCUACAUUCUCGAGAGUGACUACCUCGCCGAGCUCUCGGGCCUCCCCCAGUCCGGCAUCGCCCGCAUCGAGUCGUCCGUCCCCCUCCCAGGCCCCGGCUACGCCACGCACCGGACUGAGCAGGCCGAGGAGCAGUCGUCGCUCUACUUCCUGGCCUGCAUCUCGAUGCGCCGCCUUCUCAAUCGCGUCCACCAGCUGCUGUACGCCCGCGGCACCGGCGCCUCGCUCGACCCGACCCGCUUUCCGUUCGUGGUCGCCGAGCUAGACCACCAGCUCGAGGAGUGGCGCGACGUGCUGCCCGUCGCCUUUGCCUUUACCCUCGACGCCCGCCCCUGCGCGUCCGAGCACGGCGGUUUCCUACGACAGCGCUACCUGACGUGCCGCAGCGUCAUCUACCGCCCGUACCUGAUGUGGAUGCUCAGCGGCGUCGACGCGUCCAAACUCGGCGACGGCGACGCCCUGCGCAGCACUCGCGCCUGCCUCGAUGCCUGCCUCCUGCACAUGCUCAACCUGCGGGGCUUUCGGCAUACGGUGCUGGUGGAUACGUGGAUCUGCGCCUUGAGCAUGGCCGGUGCCAUGUGUUUGUUGUUGGCCGCGUGCCGCACACCGGCUCUAAAGGGUCUGCUGCUAGAUAUCGCUCACGACCAGCCCGACGUGUUGGCGUGCGGCGAGCAUCUGGGCCGUCUGUUCCGUGACUGGCAGGCCGUUUCGGGGGACCCGGCCUCGCCGAGUGUCGAGCAGAGCGUGCGAAUCGUGGCCGAGGCGGAUCGUUUUAUCCGAGAGCUGGCAGGGAAUGAGCUUUGA